AUGUCCCAAUCCUUUGAGCAGCUCGAGUGUCGAUACGCCACCGUGCCGCGCCUGCGAGCGGUCAUCUCUCAGUUUGGCGGGCAGCAGAAACCACCACACCAAAGCUCGGCGAUGAUAGACUCUCUGGUACAUCUCGCCAAAUCCAUUUGCGAACUCGGACCCUGUGCCGGGGCAGGGCCGGUCACCGAGGAGACGCCAUACUACACUUCCAGGGCGCUCGACCAGCUCGCCGUAUGCAGCCCCUGCUUCGAGCAAUUCUUCCGUGGCACUCCCUUUGAGCGGGAGUUACACCGCUCUACGCCCAUGUCUGGAUGGGGAUGCGAUGUCCGCGGAAUUCGCGGACACGUCUUCAAGAUGCUUGCGCGGGAGCUGGACGCGGGCCCGCAGCGCAUGUCGUUCGGCCGUUUCGCAGAAGCCACGCGAUCCCGGCUUGCCAUCGGCUGUGCAGGAGAGAACAAUCCCAUCUGGCCCGUGGAGUCCUCUGCGCCGCACUACAGUUACGAGCCGCACGACCCGAGCAAGGCGGGUGUGUUCUGCGAGGCGUGCUACUGGGACUUUGUCCACGGCACAGCUGUGGACCGGUUCUUUAACAACCGCGUCCGGCUCGACGAGGAAUUUCGGGGCACCAUCUCUUGUGACCUUGGGGGUGUGGCUUCGCGGUUUGCUAUGCAGUGUGCCGUCAGGUGCGGCGACGACGAGGUCUGGCGCCGUUGCAUCUCGAAAAGGGGAACGCUGCCACCUUGUGUUGGACUCAGGGGUGUCGACGAGGAAGAUUUGCUGGGAAAGAAUGCAGACGACGACUCCUUAUGGUAUUGCUUGGCAGAGCAUCCCUCGAUCGAGGUCUGCCCUUUCUGUUACAACUCGACGGUAGAGCUGCUCGGAGCCAGCCACCUCUUCGCACCAAUCACCCGUUCUCUUUCCCCCGGCGUUAUACGGUUCUGCUUUCUCUCGAACCCAUCAGAUCACGACGCCGACACAUCAGACAACGCCAAUUUCGAGAACACGCUGGUCUGGCGCGGGCUCAUUCUGCGGCGAUGGCUACACCAAGGCUUCGACUCGCACAGAAUCGACGACUUUGCGGGUUUCCGGAGCGCGGCGGGACUCGUAGCUUCGUGGCCGCCCCCGUGCGGCGGCUCCGAGCGGGCAUUCAAGUCGGGCAGCGGCCGCAAGUGGUUCGGCAACGCCUUCUAUCUCAUUGGCGACAACGAGCAACAUAUUAGCCUCAACAUGUGCGAGGAGUGCCACGACGACGUGGUCAAGGGCACAGCGCUCGAGUACGACCUGUCCCACGACAAGACGGCGCGGGCGUACGAGAUCUUCCCGGACGGGCUGAUGUGCAACCUCGGAACGUCCCGACGUCUGCGGGACGAGCUUGCCGCGUCGCUGAAGAAGGGCACCUUCGUAGACUUUGCGCAUUACUUCUACAGGCGCAAGGAUGUCUCCGAGCGCAAGAGGGCGAUUGACAAGCUCUGCCAGGAGCAGACCGUUCGUCAGCAGCAGAUGCUUGACGCGGUCAAUCUUCAGGGCCAGACCGCCGCGCUCAAUCUCAUGCAGCAGCUCAACGCGAACACGAACGCUGUCAUCAUGGGUGUCGGCGGGUCCGUGUCGGCCGCCGCGGCGACGGACUACGGCCAGCGCUUCGGCAACGCGACUGUUGGGUAUGGACACUUGACUCACGGGUCGGCGGCGGCUGCGCAGGCACAUCAUGAUGCGCAAAACAUGGCAGCAAGACAGCGUCAGGGUGUGAGCGCUGCGGACUUUAAGCCUUGCGGUGAUACCUGGGCUGAUACGCAGCAGUUAUUGGCCUUGGCCAAUGCUGUUGAGGAGGAGUGGAAGGCUGUCAACUAA